AUGUGGGUUAAGAAGCUGUUGGCGGACCAGUCGAUCAACAUACAUGCCAAGAGAAAUCAGCGCAAACCUUUACCUUUGUCAGGUGGCUGCAUGCUGUCGUUGGAUAUCACAAAGGCCUACGACAAACUCCCCAGAGCAGAGUUGUUCAUGGCAUUGACGCAAGCACAGGUGGACCCAGACCUCAUCUCCAUCAUCAUGGCAAUCAAUGCCCAGGCAAAGUUGUUGAUCCAGCACGGUGGCAAGUCCCAGAUAGCAAUUGAUCCUACGCUCGUCAAUGUGUCGAAGGACAACACCACAUAUGCUGACGACUUUCUGUUUGCAUGGACGUUGCAGUCAGCAAAAGACCUUGAAGUAGCCUACGUGGGCACGCGACACGUCCUCCAGGUUCUCUAUGGCAAGGGCCUUGAAAUCAAUGAGUCCAAGACUGUUCUUGUGAUGCAGAUUAGGGGCACUCAAGCUGACAAAGCCUUACAGAGAUACCUGGUGAAAGGUCUCAAGGACAAGCGCAUUCGUUUUCAUGUACACGGUCGGGCGCUCGAUAUUAAGCUUGUCGUCCAGCAUGUUUACCUGGGUGUUGUUAUCACCUAUGGCAAGAUUGAGGCGGAGAGCCUUCGGUACAGGGCGCAAUUGGCGAAGGGAGCCUUUAAACGCUCGGAGGCAAUCCUGACCUGCCGCUCCAUCCCCAUCCGUUUCCGCUGGCAUCUCUGGAAGGCAUGCGUUCUACCUUGCCUGCUUCAUGGUUUGGAUUGUACUGGCCUCAACCCCACGGUAGCCCAAAAGCUUAGAGUUCUGGUCAUGGGACAGGCUAGAAGGAUAGCCAGAUCCUGGAGCAUGUUCACCAAUGAAGCCAAUGAUGACUUUAUGGACAGGCACCGUCUUCAAGAUCCCGUUGAACGACUGCAGCAGGUGCAUCUCAAUCGCUUACAAAAGACUGCUCCGGAAUAUGACAUGCUGGAGGUCUCAGAAGAGGUCAGACAAUGGCGGCAUCUUCUGAGUACACAAUUUGCUGAAGCAUGCGCAGGUGUAAGGCUGGGUGCUUUGGAUGUUCGCGUCGGCCCAGUUCCUAGAACCGACGCCACACCGGAUAAGAAGGCCAAGCUCGUACCGGUUGACCUAGUUGUGGAGCAAUUGCUUUGUGAUCAGUGUGGUUUUGCUUUUGCUUCCCAAGUUGCACUCCGGAGUCAUCAAUUCAAGAUGCACUUUGAGGACACAGAAAAGACUCAACGGCAAACAGAAAUCAAACUACAACAACGAAAGGAUGUGUACGAACAUGCUAAGGAUGGCAUGCUGACAUGUAUACAUUGCAGUCACCAGUUCGAGAAUUGGCCGGCGUUCACAUACCAUGUGAACUGCAGCAGCUGCCCUGAGAUCAGCAAGUUUUAUGGGGAUCCUGAACUCCGCAGUGCCAUUGCUGAUAUGUCCCACGCCCUGGCGCUCAUGGCAGACCUCAAGGAGGCUACCCAGGAGUUGGAUUUGAUCGUGGCCCUGCAGCCCCAGCUAGCAACUUCCAGCCAGGUCAGUCACAACGCUGCUGCUGCGGCACGAAAGCCAGAUGGCGAUAACCCCGCCAAGCCACGACUUUUCAUGCUGUUUGUUCGCACAGAUAUGACCCCGAACCUUGCCAGCAGCAUGUAUCAGAUGGGUCAAACAGGGAAGCGGAUGAAACAGGACCAGCCCGACAAACUGAAACAUCCUGUGCGAGUCAUAUUGUUUCAACAUAUGAUCGGCACCGUAGCAGCACGCUUGGAAGCCUUGAGCAGUCAACCGGAAAACAUGAUCAAGGCUCACGAGAUGGGCUGGAUGACGUCCAACUUGGACAGCUUGACAGCUGUCAAAUGGGACCCGGAGGCCAAGAAGCAUGUGCUGGACCCCAACCUUCCCGAGGUUCCGCUCGCGCAAGCAAAGGAGAUGCUGGUUCAGAUUACCAAGCCGUGUGUGACUCCUCUGGUCAUCAACCGCUUCCAUGCAACGAGGCCCCUGGCGGAAACGUGUGCCAAUCCAACUCUUGCCAUGAUGUUGGACAUCGGGCUGCGUACAGAAGAGGCCAACAUGGUAUGGCGCAACUUGAACAUACUGAGUCAGUGCUAG